CUUUCUCCUUUCAUCUCUUGAAAGAUUAAACCAUUACACAAAGGCUUUAUUUCACCAAACUUAAAUACUUAUCAAUAAUUAAAUAAAUGGUUUAACUAUUACCAGUGUUACCUUAGAGACUUGUAUGUUGUUCACCGAAUGAAAAUUAACUACCUCAGUAACCUUACUAAGAGAUUAUUCGCUGAUUUGAGGGUUGUGGAUAAAACCUUAACAAAAAUGAGCACUACAUUUACUUAUCCUCGAGCAGAGCGAAUGGACUGUUUGCUUGAAGAUUUUUUUGGUACUGAAAUCAGAGAUCCUUAUAGAUGGCUAGAAAGUCCAAAUUCUCCAGACACAAAGAAGUAUAUUGAAGAACAAAAUAAUGUAACCAUACCUUUCUUAAAUGGUUGCCAAUACAAAGAAGCUAUAAGAAGUAAAAUUACUAAGCUAUGGAAUUAUCGUAAAGUUUCUAAUCCUUAUCGUCGUGGAUCUUAUUAUUUUCAGUACAGGAAUAGUGGUUUACAAAAUCAAAGUGUUAUAUAUAAAAUGGACAAAUUACAUAGUGAAGGAGACGUUUUUCUUGAUCCAAAUACCUUGUCCCAAGAUGGAACAGUAGCUCUACAAUCCAGUGCUUUCUCAGAUGAUGGAAAUACCUUUGCUUAUGGUUUAAGUAAGAGUGGUUCAGAUUGGAUUGAAGUAAGAUUUCGUGAUGUUGAAACUGGUAAGGAUUAUAGUGAAGUUCUUAAGAAGGUCAGGUAUUCUUCUUUAACAUGGAUGAAAGAUAAUGUUGGCUUUUUCUAUGGUGGUUACUUAGAUCAAAAGAAAUCUGAUGGUACAGAGAUAGAUUCAAGUGAAAAUCAAAAAUUGUAUUAUCAUAAACUUGGUACCAACCAGGAUCAAGAUGUUGUUGUGGUAAAGUUCGAUGAUCCUCAUUUGAGAAUGGGAGCUACUGUUAGUUAUUGUGGUAAUUACUUAGUUAUAUCGCCAGUAAAAGGUUGUAAGAAUAACUUGCUCUACAUUGGGAAACUGGAAAAAGGAAAAGAGAUCACAGGGGAAAUAUCUCUUCAGCCAAUUGUAGAAACUUUCAAUGCCGAUUAUGAGUACAUCACUAAUAAUGAUGAUAUCUUUUACUUCAAAACCAAUAGAAAUGCACCGAACUAUCAUAUUAUAGCUAUUGAUUUGAAAAAUUGUACUGAAGAAAAUUGGAAAGUUAUAGUUCCUCAACAUGAAAAAGAUGUUAUUGAUGAUAUAGAAACAGUAGACAAUAAAUAUUUUGUUGUAUCCAAACUUCAUGAUGUAAAGCAUAUCUUACAUUUAUAUGAAAUUACCACAGGAAAAUUAGUGCAUGAAUUCGAAUUGGAACUUGGAACAAUUAUGCAUAUUUCCUGCAAAAGAGAUCAUAAUCAGAUGUUUUACAGCUUUUGUUCAUAUUUAACACCUAAUAUCAUCUAUCAGGUCGAUUUUGACGGAGACGAUAUCAAAGUGAAAGUGUAUCAUGAAACUGUUGUUGGAGAUUUCGAAAGAAAUAAUUAUGAAACCAGACAAGUAUUUUACGAUAGUAAAGAUGGAACCAAAAUUCCAAUGUUUUUGGUUGCUCGAAAAGGAAAAUUAGAUAAUCCAUCUGGCGAUACACCGGUUUGGUUGUAUGGUUAUGGGGGUUUCAACGUGAGUUUGACCCCAUCUUUCGGAGUCUCAAAAUUGAUUUUCACUGAUAACUUUAGAGGAAUUUAUGCACUAGCUAAUAUUCGUGGUGGUGGAGAGUAUGGAGACAAAUGGCACGAUGGAGGUCGUUUUGGCAAUAAGCAAAACUGUUUUGAUGAUUUUCAAUAUGCAGCAAAGUACUUAAUUGAAAAAAAUUAUACAAAUAAUAAAAAUAUUGUAAUUCAAGGAGGUUCCAAUGGUGGCCUUCUAAUAGCUGCUUGUAUCAAUCAGGCGCCUGAACUAUUUGGUGCAGCGAUUUGCCAAGUAGGAGUUUUAGAUAUGCUGCGUUACCAUAAAUUUACCAUUGGUCACGCCUGGAAGACUGAUUAUGGAUGUGCAUCUAUUGAAGAGCAAUUCAGUUAUCUCAUUAAGUAUUCUCCACUACAUAAUAUCUUUGAGCCAAAUGAAGAAAAACAGUAUCCUCCAACACUUUUGUUGACGGCCGAUCAUGAUGAUAGAGUUGUACCAUUGCAUUCUCUGAAAUUUAUUGCUGAAUUGCAGAGGAAAGCUGGAGGUUCUCCGCAUCAAAAAAAUCCAUUGCUCAUACGUGUGGAAACCAAAGCUGGACAUGGUAGUGGAAAACCAACAUCCAAGUUAAUCGAAGAAUUAACAGAUAUAUUUUGUUUUGUCUCAAGAACUUUGAAUAUUCCUUUUCAUACUUAAAUUUGUACUUUUAUAUUAUAUUGUGUGUAAACUCAAAUUACAAUUAAAUCGUGUGUAUUACUGAA